CUUCAUCAUCGUUGUAAUGUUGUGGAGAGAAACAUCUCUCCCAUGCACGUUAGUUUUGACUCCACUCCAUUUUAUAAUUUAACGUAACACUGGUUUAAUUAAAUUUUAUUCCUCCUUGUAAAAUAAUUAAAUAUGCAUAAACUGCACUCGUUAUUGAGCACUCUAGUAUUAGUUAUCUUUGUGGCGUUCGUUCUUCCAACGGCUUCUAAUGAAUCUUCAAAUUGGGAACAACAGGGAAGCACAUGUAAAAUUGGACAUGGCGAAAAUUCACACAGGCAACAUUGUGAAAGUGGAAUGGAAGCUGUCUUCAUCAGUGACUCCAUAAACUUUCACUUCUCAGAAAUGGACACGGAUGAGACGGAUUACUUAUUUAUAGACGAGUUGGCUCCACAUAUUAAAAUAUCUUCAAGCAGGCCUUUAGGAGAUGCCGAAGCUGUGGACAGGGCAAAUAAAUAUCUUUCUUAUUUGGACGAGAAUCUCGACUCUGUUAUAGACAUUUACGAACUGAGGUUUAGCCUACAUUCAAUUAUCAGUGGAAACUUACAACUAAAAAUGUUUGAGAAAGACCCUGAUUUUACUUACUGGAUAAAAUCGUUUGUUGGCGAGAAUCCACAAAAGUAUUCAUUUUAUUUGGUAAAAAUUUUCCAACUUUUUGAUGAAGAUAUGAACGGAAAGCUGACCUGGAAAGAGAUUAGAAUGGCAAUAAAGACAGCAGAGUUGUACAAAUCCGUGCAAGAGGACGUCCUCAUGGACGAGAGAUCACGGGAAGAUUUGGUAGCAUCAAUCAAAGUCAAUCAUCAACAAAAGUGGAUCAAUUUGGAAGAAUUAUGGGGUCUGCUUUACAAAUUGGAUGUGAACUCCUCGGAUGGUGACUUUUACCAUUGGACGAUAAAUUAUUUGGGAGGAGAUUCAGAAGCGAAAUCCGAAUUAGUUACCGAUUCCACGAGGAAAGAGUUUAGAGAUGUGGAUUUGGAUUCCAAUGGGAUUAUUACAAAGGGUGAGAUGACAGCAGUUUUACAUAAACAUCGUACGAAUUACUACACCCCUGAGAGAAUUAAUCGUAGGUGGACGCGAGCAGAUAGAAAUAAGGAUGGAAAAAUAACAUUCAAUGAAUACGCAUUUCUAGAAAAUUUGAAGCAUCCACAAAGAAAAUAAAAAGAAUUACAUGAAUAAAGGGGAUUGGUGAUUGA